AUGAAGGCCUCGAUCGCGCUCUGUGCGCUCUCGGCCUCGUCGUGGGCUUUUGCCGCACCACUACUUGUCCUCUUGCAGCACGCGCCUCCCAAGUCGACAGUUAUCGCAUCGAGCACAGCACCGCAUGAUUCGUCCUUCCUCAUCAAGCCAGAGAUCGCCGUGGUGGAGGAUGCCGGGGUUCAGGAUGUAUUGGAGACGCGGCCUGACAACCGCCCAUAUAGCCCCUCGGACGAUGAGACUCCGUCAAAGGCACUCGCAUCACCUCGGCCCUUAAAGACGGCCUACUUGCUUUCACUGCAAGACUCCUCGGACCACGUUGCGGAGAAGGAGCAGCCACCCAGCCAGGCCGUCGUCCCCGACUCCAGCAUUAUCAGAGAAGAGACAGGCAAGGCAGCACGGAUUCAUCUCACCACCGUCGAGCUGGAGACCGAGGGAAACAAGCCCUUGUACGACCGCGUCCCCUGCAAGAUGCACGCGGGUCAUUUCUAUCUCGUUAGACGCUACGCCGACAUGACACUAGUCACUACUGUGUUGAUAUUCAUCGCCAUUGUGGCCCUCAUCGAGAUCUGGAGCCCGAUGUGCAGAACAAUCCGCAGAGUCUGGUACGGCGAGGGCAGAAUACGCCUGGAGGAUGAAGAGUGCGAGAAGGAACAGCUCAAACGAAGGCAUCCGAAUUUCGUCUUAUUACCAGCACCUAAGGCUUGCAAGAAGUCGAAACUCAGCCCCAUCGCUGAGAAAUUCGAGGAGUUAUGA